UCCGCAGCUGCCAUCGGGGCUCCCUGUCUGUCUGCCGGCCUGCCUGCCUUCUUUCCUCGCGGGGGAAGGAAGGAAGGAAGGUCCGGGCCGUGGCCAGAGAAGCUCCGCAGAGGCGGCCGCUGAGAACUAGGCGAGGUGCUUCUGCUCCCUUCGCUCGCCUUGCGCGCUUUUCCCAUCGCGAUCGGGGUUGGAGAGUUUUGGCGCGUCCCGGUGAUUUGGGGACAAAUCCCUCUAAUUCAUUGAAUGGCUGAUUAAGUGAACCACAAUUCUGGCUCCCCAGUUUUGGAUCUGACACUGGAGAAAAGUAACCGGCCUCUUUCUAGGCAGUGUGUGAAGCAGUGUAUGGACCUAAAAAGGAUAGAAAGGUUUUUCCCACUGCCAUGUUAAUACUGCUUACGUUGGGAGCUCUAUUUCCAAAAAUAGUGGCCAGGGGACCAGAUGAACAUCUUCACAAUGGCAGCAACAUUUUGCAAGAGCCAAGGUAUCCUUAUAAAAGCAUCAUGUUGCCAGAAGAACACAUCCCAUAUUUUUUGCAAAAUAAUGCAGGCAUUGCCACUGCUUGCAGGCAAGAUCCCUUUUGCCCAUAUAAAAAACAUUUGAAGAAAUUGAAAGCUUGUUGGGGUUAUGAGAAAUCCUGCAAGCCAGAAAACAGGUUUGGAUAUCCAACAUGUGAUUAUGCUGAAAUUGGAUGGGCUAAUACCAUUGAGGAAGCCCAGGAUAUUUUCUGGAAGCAAGCUGAUUUUGGUUACAUUAAAGAAAAGAUGAAAGAUGUGAAGACUCAUUGCAAGCCUAAGAAUGGAGAUUCUUCACUUGAAUGUUCCCGUUACCUUCAGUAUUGCAAAGCAACAGAUUUAUAUAUUGAUUUAAGGCAUCCGAAAAGAAACCAUGAUAGAUUUAAUGAAGAUUUCUUCAAGAAAGGUCAAAUCGGUGGCCACUGCAAUAUGAAUACUAAAGCUUUCCUUGUUGAAGGUCAACAAAAGAGUCCUUUGCAAUCUUGGUUUGCUGAACUCCAGACUUACGCAGAGAUGAGUUCCAGACCAUUGGAAGACGGCAGCUGUGAUGUCAUUGUUGAGAAGCCAACUUAUUUCAUGAAGCUUGAUGCAGGUGUCAACAUGUACCAUCAUUUUUGUGACUUUGUGAAUCUUUACAUCACUCAGCAUGUUACCAACACCUUCAGCACUGAUAUCAACAUUGUUAUGUGGGAUACUAGUACAUAUGGAUAUGGAGAUUUAUUCAGUGAAACAUGGAAGGCAUUUACAGACUAUGAAAUAAUACAUUUGAAAUCGUACGAUUCAAAAAGGGUCUGCUUCAAAGAAGCAGUUUUUACACUAUUGCCUCGAAUGAGGUUUGGCCUGUUUUAUAAUACACCAUUGAUCUCCGGCUGUCAUGGGACAGGACUAUUCAGAGCCUUUUCCCAACAUGUGUUGCACAGAUUAAAUAUCACCCAAGAUGGGCCUAAGGAUAAGAAAAUCAGAGUUACAAUACUUGCCCGGACUACAGAGUAUAGAAAGAUAUUAAACCAGAAUGAGCUUGCCAGUGCUUUGAAAACAUUGCCAUUGUUUGAUGUCCAGAUAGUGAAUUACAAAUACAAGGAGCUCGAAUUUAAGGAGCAGCUGAAGAUAACCCACAAUUCUGAUAUCUUCAUUGGAAUGCAUGGAGCAGGCCUUACUCAUCUUCUCUUUUUGCCAGAUUGGGCUGUCAUCUUUGAACUGUACAAUUGUAAAGAUGAACGUUGCUACUUAGAUCUUGCAAGGCUGCGAGGUAUCCGUUACAUCACCUGGCAGCAGAAGGAUAAAGUGUUCCCUCAGGAUGAGGGGCAUCACCCGACAUUAGGAAAACAUCCAAAAUUUACAAAUUACGCCUUCGAUGUGGAAGAAUUUGUCCGUCUGGUUCUGUUGGCAGCUGAUCAUGUGUCACAACACUCCAAAUGGCCAUUUAGGAGAAAACAUGAUGAAUUCUAGGUCAGAUAAUUGGCCUCCUUUGCAGAGUUUUUAAAUACUAGAGUAUUCAGAAUGUCGGCUCUUUUGAAGUAGAAUCAUGAAUUAUGAACCUGUUUGAAGAGGGAGAAGUGAAAAAGGUUAAAUGGGCAGGAGUCAUAUAUAAUGUCUCCCUCCAAGCAUGUUAUUUCUGUAUUAUUACUUUCUUACUGACAAUCCCUGUCCUAAUUUACUUGAGGAAUUUGCAUUAUGCAUGAUCUAUUUAUUAAGGUGACCAUGUUUGCACUAUAAUCUUCCUAUUUAUUUUAGGAUUGUCAGCCUCAUUGCUCCAGAGCAGUGAAGUGAAAGAUAAGCACACUGGACCCUUUUCCCCCCUGCUUCUUUUUGUGACAUGUAGCAAGACCUUGCAGCCGUGUUAUCUCCUUCCUUCCUUCCUUCCUUCCUUCCUUCCUUCCUUCCUUCCUUCCUUCCUUCCUUCCUUCCUUCCUUCCUCAGGACUGACAGUGAUCUGGAAAUGAAAAUCCAGCUGAGCUGCAUCUAGUCAGUAUUUUUUUUGUGUGUAAUGGAAAAGCCAAGAAAUCAGGUUGAUAAUGCAGCUUAGGUGUGACUUGCUUAAAUGUUACACUUUUUUUAAAGGAGCAAAUCACAGCUGAGGGAGGGGGAUUUUGGCAUGAAAUUCACAGAGGGCCCCAGUCCUAAUCAGCAGUGCAAUCCCAAUCUGGCACUCUGACUUCAUUUUUAAUUACAAGAGAAGUGUCUCUCUGAAAUAUGCUUAUCCAUGUUUUUGUUUCUAUUGCUAUAUGCAUUUCACAUUAUACUGUCAUUAUACAUGUAAUCCUUGGUUAAUGGCCAUUUAUUCAGCAACCAUUCAAAGUUAUGACAGGGCUGAAUGAGGAGACUUGUGCCUGGUCCUCAAAGUUGUGGCCAUCGUAGUGUCCCCAUAGUCUUGUGAUCCUGAUUCAGGCACUUGGAAACUGGCUUGCAAUUACAAUGGUUGCAGCAUCCUGUGGUCACAUGGCCAUUAUUUGCAACUCCCGCUGCUAGCUUCGAACAAGCAAAGGCAAUGGGGAAGCCAGCAGGAGGUCGCAAAUAGCGAUCACAUGACAUAAUGGAAGGUUCUUCUAAUGGCAACUAGAGCUGCUGGAACUGUUGUCAUAGGUCAGUGUAGUCAUUGUCACUUCAUGACAAAGUUAUUGGUCCCAAUUGCCAUUGUUAACUGAGGACUACCUGCACAUUUAGUUUUACUCAUUAAUCAUUCCUCUUGUUUGCUUCCUUAUGGGUGUACAUGCUCCAUUACACAUGGGAUAGCAGCUGUAUGGAUGAAAUAUUUUAAUUUGUUACUGUAAAAGUUUUCUCCAUGAGAUUAUGAGCCGUGGUGACGCAGUGGUUAGAAUGAAGUACUGCAGGCUACUUCUACUGAUCACCAGCUGCCAGCAGUUUGGCACAUCGAAUCUCACCAGGCUCAAGGUUAACUCAGCCUUCCAUCCUUCCGAGGUGGGUAAAAUGAGGACCCAGAUUGUUGGGGGCAAUUAUGUUGACUCUGUAAACUGCUUAGAGAGGACCAUAAAAGCAUUAUGAAGCGGUAUAUAAGUCUAAGUGCUAUUGCUAUUGUUAUUUUACUGUGUUUAUCUUAGCAAUUUAUUCAUCUUAAAUAUUACUUUGUAUAUUUUUCUUACUUGGACAAAAUUUUCACUCUUUUUAAUCUUGAUUUAGCUUGAUAACCAUGCUACAAUCAUUCUAACUUUGUCUAACCCUCAACAUUAUGUACGUCCUAUUUAAACUUUUGUUACCAUUGUUUUAAACAACUGCCCAAAUGGUUCAGUGGGGUUUUUUUGGGGUGGGAGGGGAGAGGGAGAAUGUAUACAAUUGUAUACAAUUGAAUAGUAUUUCCUAAAUAAUUUUCCAUGAAUGCACAUCAGGGCUGUCAAACUCACAGGCCGGAUGCAUCACGCGCUGGCCACGCCCACACCCGGUUUAGCGAAAGGGGGAAAAGUCUCAACACAUCACAUGUCACCACCGUGACGCUGCGAGUUUGACACUCCUGAAUGUACAUCAUUGGCUAUUUUUCAUUUAAUUGCGAUGCACCUUCCAAAAGUCCAAAUGGGACUAGGAUAGGAUAGUUUCUUGUUACUAAAUUUCUUCUUAUUUCAUAUGAAAAUAACCACAAUACUAAAGUUGACUAGAAUUAAUUUUAUCCCUUGCCAUUGAGAGUAUAGGACAAAAAAAAAGCAUAAGAAUGAUAUUGAUUCUAAUUUGCACUGUGUGUAGCUGGAAUGCUUGCAACCUUCAUUUAGGGUGUUCCGCCCUUGGCAAAAAGGACUCCUCCUUAUUUGUAUGCAAAAGUAGACAAGCAUAAAUAUUUGGAUGAUACAUAAUGAUUGAUAUUAUUGACCCCUUUUCAAAUAAUCAAAAGCAAUUGUUUAGAGAGUGGCCCUAUUGGCUGUUGUGUUUAUAGGAGCGGAUAAAAAAGAGCAGCCUAUGGACUCUUAUAAGGAGAUUCACCGCAAAAGGGAACUGAAGACUUUUGAAACGGGCUGGAUUAUGAAGAUUUGCCUUUCCUUCUUAGACUGAGGAAAUUGGUUGGGAAAAAAAAACUUGAAAAUUGUACACAGACCACAUCUUAAAAAGGGGGGAAAAAAUACAUGUCAACCAGUAUCGAAGUGUUUUCCUUUGGAAAAAAAAAAAUCAAAGGGAAAUUUACUUUGUAAAAUAUAGGCAUUUAUUUGUGAAUGGACAUUUAUACAUCAUGUCAGAUCACUGUAAAUAUUUAUUAUCAGAUGUGCCAGGGUUUAAAAAUGUAUGUUCUGCAACCAUUUUUCCUCUGGAGCAAACAUUUAUUCCUUAAUUAUUGGAAAAGCAUUAGGAUCCUUAAUGCAUUCUCAUCUGUCAUCAGAUUAAAGCUUUGGAGUCUGUCUUGGAAAGAUACACUGACUUUGAAUGGUCAUCUUAAUAACUAAGUGGGCAGCACACGGUCAAGAGCCCCGUUUGCUGUCCAGCACUGACGGUUAAUUAUCUGCUAAGAAAUAGAAUCAAAGAAAGCAAAGUGAGCUGGAACCUAUUACUGUCCCAAAAUAGUGAAGAGAAAUGGAAGACUGUACUGAUGAGUUUGGAGAUUAGUUCAUCAUUCCUAGUGUGAGGAAAGGCUUGGCGAAAACUAAUAUUCAUAUUAUAGUAAUUAGAAUAACUUUUGUUAGACUUAGAAUAACUUUACUGUCACACUAAUCGACAUGCAUUAAAAUGAAAUUUCUUUGCAUGCAGCUCUGAAAGGGAUACCGCCUCCAAUAUACACUACAGCAGGGGUGUCCAAACUUGGCGACUUUAAGACUUGUGGACUUCAACUCCCAGCUUUGCUGGCUGAGGAAUUCUGGGAGUUGAAGUCCACAAGUCUUAAAGUUGCCAAGUUUGGACACCCCUGCACUACGUAAACAUGACAAAAACUUGCUUCUUUCAUGAACAUCAAGUGGGAAUGUAAUAUUUUGUCCAUGGGUAGUUUCAUGACAAACGUCAAAAUCUGGAUGUAGCAUUUGGUGAUACAUGUAUAUAUAUGGAUCUGAAUGAAACCUGUACUGAAAUGGGAACUGGAUAGGCACUGGAAGAAUAACUUAGAUAUUUGGGCAAGUUGGAGGCUUUCUCCGUCCACUCUCUGUUUAGCGAAAGACUUUCAUUUUAACAAUCAGGUUGUUAAGUGAAAUGAUUGCUGAGUGAACACCUGAUAGAGAAAGAGAGAGGCCUACUGUGAAGAUCACAUUAAAAUAAAGUUCUCUCUUACAGCUAAAGUACACCAGUGUUACUCUUUCCAGUGUGCAUUGUUGUUAGGUGCACAAAAUUUAGUCAUAAAUAUGGACACUGAUUGGAAAAUGAAUUAUUGCCAUCCUAUUUGCAAAUGGUCACUAACCAGGCUAGUUGCUAAACGAAGAGUGGGUGCAGUGACAUGGCUAUAUAAUGCCAGGCUUAGGACUCGCGUUAGAUUCGUUGGAAAUACUCCCCACAAAAGCUUAUAGGGCUGUUUCAUAAAUUGUCUAGUAAUUGCAUAUCUCUCUGUCAUAAUUCCAAAACUACAUUUCUACAGUGUAAUAGUAGGUGAUGAAUGCAUGUUGAUAAUAAUGUGAUACAAUAAUGUAAAGUAUUGCCUGAAAAUAUUUUGGGAGGCUAUAAUCAAUACAUAGAGAACAGUGACCUACACAUUGUUUUUUUAUAUUAUCACUCUGUUAUGAAAUGUUGCUCCAUGCACUCCAGUUACUUAUGUGCAGGUAUUUCAAAAUGUAUGAAGCCAUUCACUUGAAAAGAACAAGGAUUUUUGAGGACUGGAACAGUUCAUUUUAUCUUUGAAUACAGAUUGAGAAGAAUUGUGUUUAAUUUUAAAGGCGAGUAAACUAUUUCUUAUUCAUUUGAAAAGCUUUGUCCUAUGCCACCAGUUUCUGAAUUGGUUUUUGUUUUAUUCCUGAACAGCCUUUUGCUAUUGACUUUUUAAAUAAAACCCUAGCUUUUGAUCUUUGAGCAUUUUUUAUUUUUUGAUAAAGCAAUUUCUUUGGGGGGAAAAAAAGGUUUCAGUGUGAGAUUUUGCUUUCUCUACAUGCUCAUCCAUCCAUUAGGGAGAGUGACUUUAAAAAGUUGUAAGGAGGUGUACUAUUCGCAGUCCAAUGUGUUUCAUGCAAUAGAGUGUAUGCACUAUGCAGUUAUUUUAUAUAUAUUUUAUGGUGUGUAAUCUAUUUGCAGGCUCCUUUAUCAUUUUUUUCAAUAUUUAAUAGCCACUAGAUGGUGCCAAAAUACUGUCAGGUUAAGAAUGAUAAUUCAAAUGCUCUGGAGAAUGAAAUUUAGGAUCUACAAGUAUAGUUUAGAAACUCCAAUAUUCACUUAUAAUUAGAUGUGAGCACACUAACAGAGUCAUUUAAUUAUUAUGGGUUGGGUCUAGGCUUAAUUAUAUCUAGAUUGAAUUCAAUGAAAUCAACCGAGCUUAAGUUAAUCACGACAAAUUGAUUUCCAUUUAUUUCAAUGGAUCUACUCGAAAGGGUAGAUCCAACAUGCAAAAGUUUUAUAAUCCCCUCUUUUUAUCAACUAGGUCCUCCAGGUGGCGUACAAACAUAAUUCCACAGCACUAUAAAAAUGUCAACAAUAAAACGUACAAACAAGCAGUUUAAUGUAUUUUAGCUGCAGAUUAAAAUGUUUGUUUUAAUUGGAACCGUCCCUGUAAGCAGAUGUUCGGUGAUGAUAGUUUGUUACAUUUAACCUCUGCACAUCUUGAUGCAGCGAGCAGGCUUUUUUCCAAACAAUACAUUAUUUGCCUUCUGGGCAAAUGUUAACCUUGACUAAAGAGACUCGGCAUUUCAGAUGUGUCUUUUCUGUGAUAAGCGCAUCUGGAUCUUCAUAAACUAUAGAAAAUGGUGGGUUUUGCUUUUCCACAUAUAGAUUGAGCUGUCAGAUUAAAGCUUUUUCUAAGUCUUGGGGAAAACUGACUUCUGAGGCGUUCCGAUGGGUAAAAAGUCUAGUCAUCUAUGACAUAUCAGUGACAACUAUAUUUGACUUUAGUGAUGUCUCCCAAAACCAUAUUGUUAUGCUAUAACUCUGUCAUUAAUUCUUCAUUUCUGAGGUAUCCUUUCCCAUAUUUGUGAUAGCCAUGUGACAUUGUGAAGCUCUUCAGUUCUGCCACACGUACAUAGAUUUCUCCAUUAAAAGCAGGAGAAGAUAUAGGGAAAAAAUUUGGGCUAAAAAAAAAAAUCUAAUUUCAUCCAAUCAAGACAUCCCACAAUAGUAUUUAGCUAGUAGAUAUAAAUAGAAUUUGAGAUAAUGUGAUGUACCUCUCUUUUGUAUGAAAUGACCGAAGCACGAUUAAAACAUUAAUGAGGAUCCUCCUAAUUAAAUAAAUUAGGCUCAGUUUUUCAAAUUAAGCUUGAUGAUAACAAAGAGUCUGGUUCCUUAGAAAUACCGAUACUCAAAAUUUCCCCAAUCCUCUAAUGUCUGCAGAUUCCUCAAAUUAAAUCCUUACUCAAUUAGUAUAUAUCAUUAUGGAUAUCAUGUAUGCUGCUGAUCAGGUGACAACUUGCUAGUUGUUUGUUAAACAUUUUUAAUCCGGUUACCAAAUUAAUAUAUUUCCUGCUUAUGUAAUAUGCAAACAAUUAACCAGAUUAUCCUGGUUUAUAUAAUUAAGCCAAAGGACACCCUCCCUUUCAAAUUUAGCACAUUAUUGCUGCUGCUAGUUUGGUACUUGACAUGGUUAAAUAUGUCAUACAAGUCAACAGUUAUCUAUGCUGCUGAUCUUAUCCUAUGUCCAAGGUAAGCAUAGGAAAAAGAAAUAGAGCCACUCUGAUCUAGUCAUUAAAUCCUCAGGCUAGAAAGCAGGAGUCCAAAAUCUGUAAUCCUGUCACUCUCUCUCAGCCAAACCUACCUCACAGGGUUGCCGUUUUGGGGAAAAUAAAAGGCAGGUGUGUUGAAUAUGUUCACCAUCUUGAGUUAUAUAAAUGAAUAACAGACCAAUCCCCAGAAAAAUUGACAAGGCAUGCUACUGCAUUUAAACCAGAAGUGGUUUUCAGUCAGUUCGCGCGAACUGUUGGCAGAAAUUUGGCCAAGGUCGCCAAACUGGUAGAGAUGGUCGGCUGGCCACAUCCCAAACCAGUCCCCUGGUUGCUGCUCGCUCGCCUCGCCUGCCAUGUUUGUCACUGCCAUGUUCUUUGUGCAUGUGCAUCCCAUUGCCUUGUAAGUCCAAUGGGAUGCGCAUGUGUGAAGAACAUGGCGACGGCAGCAGCUUUUUCUGCGACCUCCGGUACUUUUUGGCGGCCUGCGGCCAACCACCUCAGCCACAAAAUGGCUCUCAGGGAGGGUUCUUUGUUAGCUACUUUCCAGCAGCGGCAGCUGGUUGGGGGCCGCCAAAAACUCUGGUCAGCUUGCCUUCUGGACUCUGGACCAGCCGUCGCGGAAGGUAAGCAGCCUGAACAAAGAGGCGAUGGUGGGGGAGGAAGCAGGGCUAGGUCUGGGGCCACUAAAGGAGGGGAAACGGGGGCGACUGGCGAAGGGAGGGCGGAGGUAGAUAGGUGGAAAUACCAAAAAUUUUCCAACUUUUUCCUGCGGGUAUGGCUAGGUGGGGAGGGGUCAUGUGACUGAGUGCUGUGAGUGACAUCAGUUGGACAUGCCCACUCAGUCAUAUGCCCCCUCCCACCGAACCGGUAGCGAAAUUUUUUGAAACCCACCACUAAUAUAAACAGACAGAAAACCCAUACACUGAUGAUAUUUCCUAGGUGAGUAUUGAAAUGCCUGUAAGCAAGCAGUCAACCUCAAAACAUAAAAUUUCUUUUCCACAGACACAAAAAUAUUUAAGAGUCUAUGUGGCAGAUUUACUUGUUUACAUUUGCAAACAUUAAGAUGGCUUAGCACGCCGGCCAAAGCAUAUUCAGUGUGAAUAUCAGAUCCCUAUAGCUGUCUAUGUUUUGGAUCCAUCCGAAAGAUUAAAUUAAUUAUAAUUUUAAGACAUAUUACCAAGUUUCUCAUAUAUCCCCGUGCACUAGGAUAAAAAUGUGCCAAUUCAUAUAGCUUAUAGACAUCAUGCACAUGCAAUGCAGAUUCUAGUGUAUUGAUAAACAGUGCAUGUAACUGUCUUAAAUACUUUAACCUUCCGUAUCCUAAGCUAGUUAGUAACCCCAGGACCUAAAGGAUCAGAAUUUGCAAUGCUAAUGGAAGCCAUUUACAAAGCAGAAUGUUUUGAAGAGGGCAGUUUGAAUAAAUUUGCCUUCUGUUUUACUAAUGGGUGAAUAGGAAAGUAGAAAAUCAUUAGCAAUGAAAUUGUUUUGAAUAGAUACCCACUCCUCAAUCACAGUUCAUUUAUAAUGCAGUUUUUCUGUGCAGGAUGAAACCCUCCUAGCACAAAGAGAAUAUUUCCACUGAAAAAGUCAAAUGAAAGUCAACAAAUGAUAAGAAGAAAUAUAGCCUGUAAGCAAUGAAACAAAAUGCCACUAAUUUCCAGAACUUGGAAUUAAAGCAGAUGCAAUAUAAAAGGACUUUCAGAGAAGUCUUCAGCUGCAGCCCAGUACAAGCUAACCUCUAACGUGUUUUGAAAGGCAAAGGAAUUUAGAUUUGCUUCCUUACCAUUCCUUCUUAAUUCUUGCUUUCCGAUGUCUGUAUGCUCCACUGUCCACAUUUAAAAAGAAAAAAAGGUUUUCUCCAGCCUUCCCCCACCCCCCGGCCCCGAGGCUCUCCAGAGGAUAGAAAUAGCCUGUUUCCUGACUUCUGGUGGGCCUGGAAGGCCCGAAAAUCAGCUGGCCAGUGCACUCAUGCACUCUGAAGCUGAGUUAGGGCAACGCUUGCGUGCCCACAGAUAUGGCUCCGCGUGCCACCUGUGGCACACGUGUCUUAGGUUCGCCAUCACGGGACUAGGAGAUCUCCAAGGUGUCUUCCAACUUUGUUAUUAUGUGAUUUUAACAUUGCACUGUUAAAAUUGGUGUGACCAUUGGAGACACUUUUCCUGGAGCUUGUACACCCAAUGUAGAAGGACUGAGUUCAUAAUUUCAUAUAGAAAUAUGAAUGGGGACAAUUCCACAUAUUUUAGUCGACCAUUAGUUUUAUGCGUUGUAAUAAUUCUCAGUUUUUAAAACACUGUCCCAAAAGAAACUUUUAUCCCUGUGUGGUUUUGAGAGGAGGGAGCUUUGUUCCCAGGCACUUACGAAUAGUCUGGUAAAAAUCUAUACAAGGAAUAGGUGGCCUUUUAAAAACUAACUGUAGAUUUGGGAUUUUAAAUACCUCUAAUAAUCUCUGUCACGAAAUACUGCCCAAAUGGCGGCAGAAGAAGAUAUGGCCAACUGAAAACAUUAAGUGUUGGAUGUUCUGUGCUGGGAGACAUUUGUGAGGCACCUCCAAAGCAGAGGAGCACAUAAAGACAAUUUAUUGUCUCUUGGUGCUUUAAAGCAGGGAUCUCCAACCUUUAAGACUUUAAGACUUGUGGACUUCAACUCCCAGAAUUCCUGAGCCAGCAAAGCUGGCUGAGGAACUCUGGGAGUUGAAGUCCACAAGUCUUAAAGUUGCCAAGGUUGGAGACCCCUGCUUUAAAGAGAGCAAUUAGUAGUGAACGGCAUUUAAGAAAGAUGCUUUUACCUGGUUAAAAGAAAACCCAAUCACCACGCAUACACCACUGGGUGAAUCCCAUGUAGCAUGUGAUUAAAUCUUCACAUGACAACUCAACCUUUCAUAGAAGUUUAGAACUGCAGGAUGACGCUGGACUUAAGACCAGCAAUAAGACUGGCAUGGAAGUAGAUUUAAUACAAUUACUUCAGCCUUUCCUAGCUGCAGAGUUGAUCCGUGGUCAGUUAGCAUCGUUCUUAUAGUACUCCUGUAGCAGAUGGGCUCACGAUGGAAUUCCCCUGUUUCCAUGUCUCUAAGUUCUGCAAAUCGUAACAGAAUAACAGUUGGAAGGGACCUUGGAGAUCUUGUAGUCCAACCCUGUGCUCAAGCAGGAGACCCUAUCCUAUACCAUUUCGGACCAACGGUUGUCUUCUUCUUAAAAACCUCCACUGAUGGAGCAUCCACAACUUCAGAAGGCCAGUUGUUCCAUUGAUUAAUUGUUCUCACUGUCAGGAAAUUUAUCCUUAGUUCUGGAUUGGUUCUCUCCUUGGUUAGUUUCCAUCCAUUGCUUCUUGUCCUGCCUUCAGGUGCUUUGGAAAAUAGGUUGACCCCCUCCCCCCUCUUCUUUCUUAUAACCCCUUAGAUAUUGGGAGACUAUUCUCAUGACACCCUUUGUCCUUUUUAUACCCAUACCAGAUAUAUCCAAUUACCAGACAUAUCCAAUAUCCAAUUCCUGCAAUCAUUCUUCAUAUGUUUUAGCGUCCAGUCACAUGGCUUCCCACAAAACUAUUUUACUGAUAUAUUGACCAUUAUUUGUGUUGCAAAUGUUGUACCUUGAUAAACGUAUCUUUUUUUUUAAUGUACACCGAGAGCAUAUGCACCAAGACAAAUUCCUUGUGUGUCCAAUCACACUUGGCCAAUAAAAAAAAUAAUUCUAUUCUAUUCUAUUCUAUUAUCCAGUGUGGCCCUUUUUCGUUACUUGUUGCUUUUGAUGUACAUUUGGUUUGCAUGUACAUUGAGAGCUUCUGCAAUGGAGAUAAAUUUCUUGUGUGUCUAAUCACACUUGGACAAAUAAAGCAUUCAAUUCAAUUCAAUUCAACUCAGUUCAAUUCAAUUCAAUUGUCUUGAAGAAUGAAGAAUUAUACUCCAAUAAUUGUCAUAAGGAAAUGUAUCUUAUGCCAGGGUAAUGUAUAUGUGCGUGUAUGUGUUACAUUCCUCGCUACUGAUACUUAACUGUUCAUGAUAAGUCCACUGGCUGUUCAGCCUAACUUGAGAUUCCAACCAGUUUAAUCAUAGCCAUUCCUUCUUUAAACACAAAACAAAUCAUAGUUAAGCUCCAAAUGCUGCAGGUUACAAAGCAGAAAGGGUCACUUACUAGUAAAAAAAGGCAGUUGUGUCAUCCUUGGAUGGCCACAGCUUAAAUUGUUUGUCUUUCCAUGGAAUAGGUUAAAUAGAUUAGCUGACAAUCAGAUCAAGUGCUAACCUUUCCAUUUCUGUCCUCAGACAAGUUUAUCGUGAUGGGGAUGAGAAUGGCUGCACAUGCAGGAUUUUCUUCUUCUACUUUACGAAAUAAUAUGAUGCCAGGCAAUGUAAUAAUUCCGUCAAUUAUUAUAUUCCUUCUGACUGUGUUCUCUGGCGCAAAGCACUCUGUUGCUGAAGGGUGCCAGCACUUUCUGACAGAAGGAAAUAAGGGACAUCUUAUAACUUUAUUUUGUAAAAUGAUCUACUGCUUUGUUUCUCCAUGCUAAACCAGGUCUCAGUGAAUCACAAUAAGAAAAUGUACUAUUAAUAGUGCUCACUUAAUGACCUUGGUGGGAAGGUAACAGCGUUCCGUGCGCCUUUGGCGUUGAGUCAUGCCGGCCACAUGACCACGGAGAUGUCUUCGGACAGCGCUGGCUCUUCGGCUUUGAAACGGAGAUGAGCACCGCCCCCUAGAGUCGGCAACGACUAGCACGUAUGUGCGAGGGGAACCUUUACCUUUACCUUUAAUGACCACAAUUAGGAUUGGCAACUCUGUUGUUAAGCAAACCUCACAUGACCAUGCCGGACUUACAGCUUUGCAUUCACCAAAGUGAAUCACCUGUGGGUAUUAAGAUGUCACAUGAUCAUGACUCACAAUUUUACUGCAAGCCAUUGACUUUGCUUAUUGGAAGCCAGCUGUGAAGUGUGCAAUGAUUGAUCAAGACUGUGGGAUGCUUCGAUAUUCGCAAGUCUGAGAACCCGGUUGUAAAAUUACUUUUUCAGAAGCAUAACUUUGAACAGACUUUAAACAGGGCAGUCAUUAAGGAAAUGGUAUAGUUUCCUGCCUGAGCAAGAGUUGGAUUAGAACAGGGGUCUCCAACCUUGGUUACUUU